CCGACGCCCCGAGGCGCGGUGACAGGCCAGCCUCCGCCUACUGACCGUCUAUCGAUCUUCGCCGCCCAGACGGGAAGUGGUCGCCCCCGCGACGGGUCGGUGUACCCCAAACUGUCCGGGGCGCGGUGCAAGUCGGGACCAGGUCAUUUGGUCAACAGGUUGCUUGGCCAACAGAUCGCUUCUGGUUGCCAUGGUUGCGGUCUCAACGGCCAGGGGCGUAAUCUGCCUAAUCGCGUAAUUUGCCAAUCACCACAACGACUCAGCUUUGACUGCUUCCGCCUCUACGCCUGGCAGACGCGCAAAGGCAAUGGCGAUCGUGCCGGGGUCACAAAAGGCCUCUCGCUCGUUCGCUCUUCCACUUUCUCUCUCUUUCUUUCUCAUUCUCUCUUUUCUCUCACGCCCCACUCUCUCUCUCUCUUUCCCUCUUGUAUAUCAGGUAUUGGCAACGGGGAAACUGACUUUGUCCGGACCAACGCCAGUUCAGUCCAACAUCUGCCUACGCCUGGGGUACCCUUCUCUACACACUUUACAGCCUCUGUAUUGCGCGGCCUUUGGCCCAGGCCCGAGGCAUAUCACGGCACCGCUACAGAUAUUUUCCGCUUAUAA